AUGGGACGUCAACAAGCCCGACCAGGCUUAUUUAGCACUCUAUCUGCCUUAUUGUCGACCACACUACGUUCUCAGGCUACUUCUAGCUCGGUUCCAUCGACUACCCCUGAAUUCGAUGCCGUUCUAGCUAAGCACAACCUCACCCAUAAGGAUCUCAAGAAUAUCCAGGAUGUGUUGAUUGGCGUUGCCACGAAGGCAGGGGGGAUCAUGGUGUCAGCCGAGUAUGCGAUCAUCAUGACGGCUCAAUUCAAGAACAAUACGUCCGAUGUUGUUACUGUAUUCGAUAAACAGAUCGAAUACAUGGCCGAGGAGCGUCUCCGAAAGGCAUAUCCUUCCUUCUCCUUCUUAGGCGAAGAAACCUUCAAAGCCGGUACAAAGCUAUCAGACACACCAACCUUCGUAGUCGACCCGAUUGACGGCACACUGAACUUCACCCAGGGUGUGCCCAACUGUGCCAUAUCUCUGGCCUUCACAAUCGAUAAGAAGCCUGUAGUUGGUGUUGUCUUCAAUCCUUUUCGCGGGGAUAUGUAUCACGCAGUCAAGGGCCAGGGCGCGUUCUUGACAAGGCCUGCCACUGGGCAUGUAAUCAAGCUACCUCUCCAGCCGAAUCCAAAGCCGAUGCCGGCUCUGAACUCCUGUCUGGUGGCCAUUGAAUGGGGGAACCAGCGCUCUGGUCCUAACUGGGCAUUACGCACUUCGGUCCACAACGCUCUUCUUACCUCUAAAGACGAGGGUGGCGCAAUGUGCAAGUCCGUACGCUCCAACGGAUCCGCGGCAUUGGACUUCUGCUACGUAGCCCACGGUAUGAUUGACGCCUUCUGGGAAGGGGGUGUAUAUUCUUGGGACGUCGCCGCGGGAUGGUGUAUCCUAGAAGAGGCUGGUGGUAUCGUCGCGAGCGCUAACCCUGGUGAUUGGGAUCCUACUCUAGAGGGCCGCUUGUACUUUGCUGUGCGUAACGCGAAGCCUGAGGAUCAGAAGGCUGUUGUGGAGGAGCUUUGGGGUUUGAUGGGUGACCGCAAGUUCGUUUUUCCUUGA